AUGGAGAGGGCCAAUGUUGUAGCAGUAACUGCUGCAAAAAGACUAUGGAGUCCCCAAGUUUAUAUGCACGACUACAACCUCCCGUCAUUUCUUCUCUCAUCCGGAUACUUCACAGGAAAAAGGAAAGCCGAGUCCGAGGUUCGCUUCAGACUGGCAUUCGUCUAUGGGAAAAGAAGAGUGGAUGGACUCGAGGUCCCUCUGGAUUUGGUAGGGGAGCCAUGGGAAAAAGCUUUGGGAACUGUUAGCAACCUGAUUAGACCCUUGAGUUAUCUUCCGGCAUCCGAUGUGCUACUGGCGCCACCAGUCAGUGUUGAAGAUGUGGCACUUGCGGUGAUCAAUGCUGUGGGAGAUGAUGAUGUUUUUGGUGAGCUCACGAUCGAACAGAUCAAGGAAGCUGCUGCUAAAGUAGAGAUAUGA